CGCCCGCCGCGCGGACCAGCGAGCCGGUAGCUGUUGCGAGCCCACCCGCCCGCCCGCGUGCCGGGGCUGCGGUGGGCCAGGAUGUCGGGCUUCCUGGAGGAGCUGCUGGGAGACAAGCUGGUGACGGGCGGUGGCGAGGAGGUGGACGUGCAUUCGCUGGGCGCCCGCGGCAUCGCGCUGCUGGGGCUCUACUUCGGGUGCAGCCUGAGCGCCCCCUGCGCGCAGCUCAGCGCCAGCCUGGCCGCCUUCUACGGUCGCCUGCGAGGGGACGCGGCGGCCGGGCCGGGGGCCGGGGCGGGGGCCGGCGCAGCCGCGGAGCCAGAGCCCCGGCACCGCCUGGAGAUCGUCUUCGUGUCUUCGGACCAAGACCAGCGGCAGUGGCAGGACUUCGUGCGGGACAUGCCAUGGCUGGCGCUGCCCUACAAGGAGAAGCACCGGAAGCUUAAACUUUGGAACAAAUACCGAGUCUCCAACAUUCCAUCGCUAAUAUUCCUAGACGCCACCACAGGGAAGGUUGUGUGCAGGAAUGGGCUCCUGGUGAUCCGAGAUGACCCGGAAGGUCUGGAAUUCCCUUGGGGACCUAAACCCUUCCGGGAAGUUAUUGCGGGGCCCUUGCUUAGAAAUAACGGGCAGUCGCUGGAGAGCAGCAGCCUGGAGGGGUCUCACGUGGGAGUCUAUUUCUCUGCACACUGGUGUCCACCCUGCCGAAGCCUUACCAGAGUGCUGGUGGAAUCCUACCGGAAGAUCAAGGAGGCAGGCCAGGAGUUUGAGAUCAUCUUCGUUAGUGCAGACAGGUCAGAGGAGUCUUUCAAACAGUACUUUAGUGAGAUGCCAUGGCUCGCUGUCCCCUACACUGAUGAGGCCCGGCGGUCUCGUCUCAACCGACUGUAUGGAAUCCAAGGCAUCCCCACGCUCAUCGUGCUGGACCCGCAGGGGGAGGUGAUCACUCGGCAGGGUCGGGUGGAGGUGCUCAAUGACGAGGACUGCAGGGAGUUCCCGUGGCACCCGAAGCCCGUGCUGGAGCUCUCUGACUCCAACGCUGUGCAGCUCAACGAGGGCCCCUGCCUCGUCCUUUUUGUAGACUCUGAGGACGACGGAGAGUCCGAGGCAGCCAAACAGCUGAUCCAGCCAAUAGCUGAGAAGAUCAUUGCCAAGUACAAAGCCAAAGAAGAGGAGGCGCCGCUGUUGUUCUUUGUGGCCGGGGAGGAUGACAUGACUGACUCCCUGAGAGAUUACACCAACCUGCCUGAGGCGGCGCCUCUGCUCACCAUUCUGGACAUGUCAGCCCGGGCCAAGUACGUGAUGGAUGUAGAAGAGAUCACCCCAGCCAUUGUGGAGACUUUUGUGAAUGACUUCCUAGCAGAAAAACUCAAGCCUGAGCCCAUCUAGUGGGCUCCGGCCUCUGGAGACAGUAUUUAAGACACAGUCUUCUCCCCUUCCUCCCCUCUGCCCUUGGACUUUUCCAGCGUGUCCUGAAUCACACAAUCCAAGUGUCCAACCUCUGUGGUGCCUUGUUUCUACAUUAGCAACUCAGCUAGCACCCAUGGGUGUGCAUCCUCACAGUGGCAGCAGGUCCCACGGUGUUUGGAGAUGGCUUGGGGAUCCGUGAGGAUGGCAUGACCAGCUAGCCCCGAGACUGCCACCUCUCCUGGCUCAUGAUGGAGGACCUUCCCGGGUCUUCUGCAGAGUGAGCAAGCAAGGACCGUGGAUUGAGGCCCUGACUCUGACUCUGGGAUCAGUAUACACACCCCAAGCCAGAGGGAACUCUCCUGUGACAUCUGUACCCGUGGGAGUUACAGAGGAAGGGUCAUGACCUCAGUGGCCAUCAGCUGAGAGCUGUCGGCGAAUUUGCUUUGUAAGGACGUGAUCUUUCUUGGUCUGAGGGAAAACCAGCGCAUCAGUGGGUUCUUGGGCAGGGGACUUCCAUAUCUCUAAGGAACCUUGUGGGUGUUUGUUUUGGUGGGAAAAUGAAUAGCCGAGCUAACAGUUCAUAGAACGCUUACUGUGUGCUUAGUUUCUUCAUCUCCCCAUUUUCCUCCUGUACUCUUGGCCAUCCCCAGGUUUCUGCUCAUACAAAAACCUCCCGAAAUCUUGGGAUUUCAGAAAUGGAUUUCCCCCUUAGCCAUCUUCCCAAGAUUCAGCCCUGAGUUCCCAGAGAAGUGUUGCCCAGCUACCCGGGCUUCUCUGUGGGCUGCUUCUCUGCCACAAUCACCUGCAGCCCCUUUCAUGGUCCGUUUUCUUUUCAAACUGGAUCCAAAAAGAGACGAGGGUUUUCUUUCCUCUAGGAACCUGCAAAGGUAACUGUGCUCUAGAAAGCAGUGAGGGCACUGGGCAUGCCAACUGCAGUCACCCUGACUUCCUCUGCUCUGCCCAGGCAGCUGAACUGACCACAACAGUGGAAACAUCAGCCAUGUUCUUAGGGUCUGUGCUUUGGCCUAGGGAUUUCCAGGACUUUAGUCUGUCACAGUCUGGUGUCAGGGACUUCAAAGCAUCUGGGCCUCACCCUCAGCUCAACCCAACACUUUACCAGCCCAAACCAUUUAUUUUGGAAAACGCAGUUGUCCUCCCCCAACAAGCUAUUGACACUGCUGUUCCUUGCUGAAUUGGAUUGUUGGCUUGUAAUUCAGAGGUACAAAAUUAGUUGGUAAUUACACUAUCAGAUGUUGCCAGCCUGAAGUGCAAUCACCUAGAAAGAAAUAAAGCAGAUAAAGCAGGCCUCUCUGACCUC